AUGGAAGACACACUGGAACAUUUCGAUGAUUCUUCUUCUGCUCAUUCACACAUAAACAUAAACACCUUACCUGCAUCCCGAUUUCUGAAUCUUGGUGACCCUGGUAAUCCCUUCCGUUUGGACAAUGGUGACAAUCCUGCUGUUAUCCUCGUGACUGAUUUACUCACCACAGACAACUAUGCGACUUGGUCCCGUGCUAUGCGACGGGCACUCCGUGCGAAAAACAAACUGGGUUUUAUCUCUGGCGCCAUCCCUCAACCUAUCGAUCCAGAGGAUCCUCUUCUUGAGCUGUGGGAACGCUGCAACGACAUGGUCGUCUCAUGGAUCCAGAACUCCAUUAGUCCCUCCAUAAAAUCCAGCGUUGUUUUUGUCGAUGAUGCUCGGGAAAUUUGGCUCGAUCUUCAGGAUCGUUUCUCUCAACAAAACGAGCCUCGGAUCUUCCAGCUUAAGAAAACACUUUCCAGCCUUCUUCAAGACAAUGAUUCAGUCAGUAUUUACUACAGUAAGCUGAAAACUUUUUGGGAUGAACUUUCCAUUUAUGAUCCAAUUCCUGCUUGUAACUGUGGUUCUAUGAAAACCCUUUUGGAUCGUUACCAGAGAGAUUGUGUAUUUCAAUUUCUUAAGGAUUUGCGUGAUUCUUAUGCUAAUGUGCGUGACCAGAUUAUGCUCUUAGACCCUUUGCCCUCUGUUACUAAGGUGUUUUCUCUAAUUCACCAACAAGAACAACAACACAACCUGAUUUCAACCAUUCCAUCCCUUGACUUAAUGGCCUUAGCCAUUAAGAAAACUUAUCCCAACACCAAAUUUUCUGCCCAGCCCAGACCCCCUUUCAAGAAGGACAGACCCUAUUGUAGCCAUUGCAAGAUCCUAGGCCAUUCCCUUGAAUCAUGCUUCAAAGCUGGUCAUGCCGAGGCCCCCGUAUGUACUCAUUGCCAUUUACCUGGUCACAUUGUUGACAAAUGCUACAAGCUGCAUGGUUAUCCACCGGGUCAUAAAUUUUUCAGCAAAUCUCAAUCUUCUGGAGUUUUUGCUAAUCAGUUUAGCCUCUCUAAUGCUUCUGAACCUAAGGAAAUCAGUGAUGAGAGAGUUGGUUUGACUAGAACUCAAUAUCAGCAACUCAUUGCCUUGCUUCAGCCACGGGAAUCUUCAACUGCUGCUCCUCACUCUGCAAACCAGAUACAGUCCAUUUUCAACCCCUCCUCGCCUUCUAACAUUUCUGGUAUUCCCUUUUGUUUCUCUACUUAUACACACAAACUCACUGACACUCCUUGGAUUAUUGACACAGGAGCAAUAGACCAUAUGGUCUGUUGCACCUCUUUUCUUACUACCAUCACAAAACAAGUUUCAUUAUCUGUCAAAUUACUUAAUGGGAACCAAGUUCUUGUUACACACACUGGUAAUGUUCAACUCACAAAGUCCAUUUUACUCAAAGAUGUUCUAUGUGUUCCAUCCUUCCAUUUUAAUCUUCUUUUAGCAAAAAAGCUUGCUACCUCUCUCACUUGUUGCCUGGUUUUCUUUUCUGAUUAUUGCUUUAUCCAGGACCUUUUAACUUGGACAACGAUUGGGAAAGGUGAAGUGAGACAUGGCUUAUAUCACUUGCUACAAACUGAAGUUGCUCCCUCAACUCUAGCCACCAUUCUUUCGAAUUUCUUCAAAACUAAUGUUCCUGUUUCAGCUUCUGUUAUAAACAAUGUGGCUAUUUCAGACCUUUGGCAUUGUCGCCUAGGCCACCUAUCACUUUCUCGUUUACUUUUGAUUACUGAUCCUAUUGUAAAGCAACACACCUCUUCAACUAAUGAAAAAUCUUGUUGCAUUUGUCCUCUAGCUAAACUUCACAAACUUCAUUUUCCUGACAGCACUCACAAGACUUUGAGGCCUUUUGAACUAAUCCAUUGUGACCUUUGGGGACCAUGUUCUACUGCUGCAUAUGAUGGUUCAAAAUAUUUUCUAACUAUAGUUGAUGACUUCAUAAGAACUACAUGA